GAAUUGCCGGGCGGGGCUGGGCCGAGAGUCCAGCAGCUGUGGCUGGGGCUUCAGUGACUUCCUUGUUAUGAGCCUCGGCUCGGCAGUGUACGGACUCUUAGCCCCGCUGUCCUUACCGGGAUAGUCCGAGUCUAGAUCGCAGCCGCAACCCUAGCGGGCCGGUUCCCCUUUCAGCACAGAUCCUUUCCCUUCACGCCCCGAGCUCCCUAACAUGCCCAACCCCAGCAGCACCUCCUCUCCCUACCCCCUCCCCGAGGAAAUUAGGAACCUGUUGGCAGAUGUUGAAACAUUUGUAGCAGACACACUGAGAGGGGAAAAUUUAUCCAAGAAAGCAAAGGAAAAGAGAGACUCGCUUGUUAAGAAGAUAAAAGAUGUAAAGUCUAUUUAUCUUCAGGAAUCUCAAGACAAAGGUGAUGCAGAAGAUGGCGAAGAAUACGAUGACCCUUUUGCUGGGCCUCCAGACACUAUUUCAUUAGCCUCAGAAAGAUAUGAUAAAGAUGAUGAAGCUCCCUCUGAUGGAAACCAGUUUCCUCCAAUUGCAGCCCAGGACCUUCCUUUUGUGUUAAAGGCUGGCUACCUUGAAAAACGCAGAAAAGAUCACAGUUUUCUGGGAUUUGAAUGGCAGAAACGGUGGUGUGCUCUCAGUAAAACAGUGUUCUAUUAUUAUGGAAGUGAUAAAGACAAACAGCAGAAAGGUGAAUUUGCAAUAGACGGCUACAAUGUCAGGAUGAAUAACACUCUUAGGAAGGAUGGAAAGAAAGAUUGCUGUUUUGAAAUCUCUGCUCCUGAUAAACGUAUCUAUCAGUUCACAGCAGCUUCUCCCAAAGAUGCCGAAGAAUGGGUGCAGCAGCUGAAAUUUGUGUUACAAGAUAUGGGGUCUGAUGUUAUUCCUGAGGAUGAUGAGGAGAGAGGAGAGCUGUACGAUGAUGUCGAUCAUCCUCUCCCAGGCAGUUCGCCAACAAGGAGCCUGCCAAAUGAUGAUGAAAUUUAUGAAGAACUUCCAGAAGAGGAGGAGGACGGAGCUCUGAUGAAAGUGGAGGAACAAAGGAAGAUGAGUCAGGACAGUGUUCACCACACCACAGGAGAUAAAAGCACCGAUUAUGCUAAUUUUUACCAGGGUUUGUGGGACUGCACAGGAGCUCUUUCUGACGAAUUGUCAUUUAAACGUGGUGAUGUGAUUUACAUUCUUAGCAAGGAAUACAAUAGAUAUGGCUGGUGGGUAGGAGAAAUGAAGGGAGCCAUUGGCUUGGUGCCGAAAGCCUACAUAAUGGAGAUGUAUGAUAUUUGAGAGUCCUGGGCAGGGAAAAAUCAACAUUUUGUCUGAAGAGAAAAAUUAAAAUGCAGCUUUCUCUUUCUGCUCGCAAAAAAGGAAGAUUCCUCUGCUAGUCUGCAAAUCUUUUGGAUUGAGAAUCACUGUAAAAGCAUGAAUGACAGUUCAUAACCUUUCUUUGUUUUGUUGAGCAUCAUUUGUCUUUGUUGUUUUAUGCAUUCAUUGUAAUAUUCCUCUGAUGUGAAAUUAAAUGAAGGAUAUUAAUGUAAAUUAGAAGUAAGCAAUAAAGUUAUACCUGUUGCUAUUUUGCAAAGAAAUAAAUCAAUAGUUUUUAUUUACUCAUUUGAUUUACGUGAGGAAUUCAGCACUGUUUUGUAUGUAUCACAGUCAUUGUUACUACUAGUAUGAGUUGUAAUUUCUCUUAAUACUGGAUAUUAAUGUUUUUAGAAUAUAAAAUAUAAUUUUAAGAAAAUUUGAUAGAAUAUAUCUCACAAGUUUUUGAUAAAUGCUAUCUAAAGAAUGUAGCUUUGUUAAAACUUUGUAGAUGAGUCAUCUUAGUAUUUAUUUUUCACACAGUAGUAACAUGUUUUCAUGGAAGAAUUUUUACUGAUUGGCAAGUUUACUUUAUGUUAAAUAUAGCCAUGAGAAAGAAAAAUGGUAGAAUUGCAAAUGAUAGUUGCUAUCACCUUCUGCAACACAUGUGUAGACCAGAAUCAUGGUUUGUACAAAGCCCUUUACCAGUAAUAAAUACCCUGGUUAUAUAAUGGGCUUGCCAACAUUUUCUACUGUAGUUUUCUUUAAAUUUAAUAAAACAAAAAAUUUAUGUGAGGCCCCAUUCUUCCACGAAUGAAAUGGCAUAAAGAAUCUCAAUAUAUUCUCAAAAUCAAAAGGCAUAACCAAGUACUUUUACCUUGCCUGAUCCCUCCUAUGCUAUUAAAGUCCUACCACAAAACUACUAGUACAGACUUGAGAAGUACAGCUCUGAACUUCUCAAGCAAUGAGAAGAGAAGGAAGGCUCAGAGAAGAGGGUGUGGAAAUCAUGGUGGGAACAUGUACCAGCAGGUGAGUGGAAGGUUGGUGUCAAUCUGACCCAGGAGGUGUAUGUUGUACUCCAGAGCAAGGUUUGUGGAGUUAUAGUUUUACUUUUUUAUGUAUGGUUGAAAUCAAAGGUAUUUUAAAUGUCUACAAGGUACCAGUGUGAUGUAUAUAUAUCAAAAUAUACUACUGAUUGGAUAAUUAUUUGGAGUAAAUAUAAUCUGCUAAUAGUGAAUCAUUGAUUAGAAGAUACUACUUUUAUGGAACUUUUCAGAUCUUUGCUUUAAAGAUAAAGAUUCUAAACAUGCAAAUGAGUUGAUAAUAUUUAAAAACCUCUAUUAUUUAUAAAAAUUAUCUACAAGUAAUAUUUCAGAGUUUAUAUUUUACUGUUAUCCCCUCCCUAACCCAUGUGAUUAUCACCUUCAUGCCUUCAUGUGAUUAUCUGAUUUCACAUAUAAAAAUAUAUCUAUUAAUUUGGGAGAUUGUAGGUAAAUUCUAGUUUAUAUCAAUUAAUUAGACAUUAUCAAGUUAAAGCUUUCAGAAAUUAAUUUGUGCACUUGUUAAUCUUGUUCUGACAUAGAGCCAUUGGAAUAGAUUGAAAUCGUCUUGGCAAAAGUGAGACAACCAAGGAUGAAUGUAGUGGAUUGUUUUCAAGACCUGAGAGAUUGAAAAGUGAAAGCAAUUGUGGGUUCCACUGUAAAUGUAGACUUCCUUGUAAGGUAUACAUUUUGUGCUUCUGAUCCAAGUGAAGAUUUUAGUCCUGGGCCAGUAGAUGGCAGCAGCUUUUCAUUGCAUAGGAACCCACUUGGAAACCCCUCCCCCACUCAGGCGCGGACUCACUCCAAAUGUAAAGUAUUUAGUAGAUUACUGCUUCCUUUUACAGUUAAUCCAGGAGAGGGAGUCCUUUGCCAACUGAUGCCAGACAGUCUCUGUGAAUGGUGACAAUACAGAAAAAAAAGUGUUAACUUGUGUCCAGAGCUCCUCUGCCCUUUGUUCCUUUUUAGUUGCAUACAGGUGGGAGAUAAGGAAAGAAACAAAAAAUUUUUAAUUGGAAUGACAGGAAAAACAAUCAUUACUUUCAACUCAUGACUCCUUUAUAUUCAUCUGGUGAAAUCGUUUGUAUCAUAGGAGGGAGAAAGUUUUCUUUACACCCUUGACAAUAUAUCACACACUUUCUAAGAUCAUCAUAAUAUCAUUAAUGUGAAUUUAAACAACAUUGCUUGUUAGAAAAUAUGCUAAUUGCUAUGUUCCCAUUAUGUUUGCUUAGCUUUUAUUUGUUUUUCUAUGAACAUUUAGAGAGCUAAUUUUUUUCAAAGGUGAUUGUAAGUCAUAUUUUACAUAGCAUUUUGCUUGAUUAUUUGCUCUGUACUGAAUUUGUACUCUAUUGCCAUUAGAUCUUACAAUAAUGUUCCACUCUGCAAAUUUUUAAGGUUCAAAUAAAGUUUAAUUGUUUGCAAACUGUUAUGAUGCUAAUAA